CACCGUCCUCUUCACUGUCAGAUGGUGGCUGACGGGGCACACAGCGGGUCUUGCCUGGUUUUGAGCGGGGUUUAUGCUGUGUAGUGGUUUGCCCAUAGCUUAUGGCUUCAUUAAGGCCACUGGAAGGCUCACAUUGCAUGGGUGUAUUUAACAUUGCAUUAAAUUGAGCCGGUGUGCUGUGUACAAAACUGUUCAUGUGAGCGGGGGAAAAUGGGUUUGAGUCUGGGUAGUGCAUUUUCAUUUGGGGAGUAGGAGCUGGAUAACAGUUCAUGCUGCUGCCUGUGUUUCCCUCACGGCCGUAGCUGCGACAUUCAGCAUCGACGAAGGGAUUCGUGCGGGAAAACUGCGGCUGGGCAGGACCAUCGGGCGGCGCGAGUACAUCCUCUCCAUUAGCGUUAGUACAACUUUCGGCACACAGGAAUGGGUUGAUAUGUUCACAUUUAGUCACAGCUCUGUCUCUGUUAGCUUCCCUAAUGCACCCUCGGAGACACUGGUCAGCGACAUGAAUGGGUUGGAAUAAUUGGUCUCAAGUCCGUAGUUUUCCCGAGAAUGGCGAGCAGCGGCCAUCGCGAGUUAGCUUAGCUAUUAGCCAAAACACUUGUAAUUACGGUCACUCGGCUUUAUCGUUAGCCGCUUUAGCCUGUCGGUUUUUCUCAGUGCUCACCACUCCUUUGACAGCGUGAAAGGGUCCCUUCGUGGUCGCCAGUGUUAACCAUUCCUCGCCGUCAGUCCCCUGACCGUGGUCGGGAGACGCGAGGGGAGAUGCUUUCUCCAGGGCCGAAGUUUGUCCUCCUUCGGGGUUAACUCCCUCCACUUUGUGGAGUAGUGAGGCAGGCAGAAAUCAGCCGAGACACCGAAAAGUACUGAAGAGAUGAGGCUUUUUAAUAACAGUACUGCACUCUUCCAGGUACACUGCAUAGGCUGUAGCCCAUUAAAACGCUGCUCUCGGUCGCCCUCUCUACCCGUGUCACACUCUCCCUCUCUCUUUUCUUUUUCCGCUCCCCGCGUUUCCUUCACACGCAUGCUCACACACACAUCACAUACACUCCUCACUGCACCCAGCCACACACAAGACGGCAAUUCCCGCAACAGCUUCCUCUCCUGAGCUCGUCUCUUCUGGUUGCUUCUGGGUGAUCACAGUUACGGCUAUGGCAUCAGCAGCUCUGGAGCUGAUGGGCUUCUUCCUGGGCUUACUGGGGAUGCUGGGGACCCUGGUGGCCACAGUGCUUCCAUACUGGCAGAUUUCUGCACACGUUGGUUCCAAUAUUGUCACAGCUGUGGAUAACAUGCGGGGCCUGUGGAUGGAGUGCGUCUAUCAGAGCACGGGGGCCUUCCAAUGUGAGACCUACAACUCAAUGCUGGCUUUGCCUUCUGACCUGCAGGCUGCUCGUGCCCUCAUGGUCAUCUCCAUAGUCAUGUCUAGCCUUGCAAUUGCUAUGGCAACUCUGGGAAUGCAGUGCACGCUUUGCUUGGAGAGCUCUGGUGGGGUUAAGAGUCGUGUAGCCGGUGCAGGUGGGGUGUUAUUUGUCUUUGCAGGCUUCCUGGCUCUCGUACCCGUGGCGUGGACCACGCACGAGGUGGUUAAGACCUUCUACCUUCCAAACGUACCUCAAAGCAUGAAGUAUGAACUCGGAGAGUGCCUAUACACUGGGCUGGCCUCUGCACUCAUUUCCAUGCUGGGUGGGGGGAUGCUAUGUGUGUCAUGUUGUGGAGAGCAGGAAGGUGGCCGUGGGAGACGCCACGGAGGCGGAUAUCCGUACCCCGUAGGAGGCGGCAUAUCGAGCACAGGUGUACGCACAACCUCACAGACCUACCGCAACCCCACCCUGCAGGUAGGAGGUGUCAAUACCCCCAGCAGGGGGCAGACACUAAUUCGUAGUGCAAGUGGCAGCUCAGAGUCAGGUACGCAUGGAGCCCAACGACCUAGGAAGCCCACUGCAGCAGGAUAUGACAUCACAGGAUAUGUCUGAGGGGUCCACCUGUCCAUUACACCUUUAACUGUAACUGCCUCACAGCUUAAGUUUAAUAAAUGUAUUCUUAUAAUGUAUCUAAAUGAAUACACAUUGUCAGUGUUUGCUGGAUUUUUUUGAGAAGCAAUUGUGAAAUGUCAACAAAAUUACACAGCAGAACUAUUAAAGUUAUGUUUCUGUACUUGUUUGACCUGGUUUCUGUAGUUUUCACGCAUUUGGAUUUAUAGAAAAUUGUCACUUUUUAUCUUAAUUGUCAGUCUUUUGCUAUCCUUGUGAAGUAUAAACAAAGUAGACAAAAAUGUAGGAAAAAUACAUGAACACAUUUUAAAUAAAAACAGUUUAUGAAUGGUUUUCAUUACGUGAACGUGUUCUCAUUAGCUACAUAGAUGCCUAGCUUUUGCUGCAUGUGUAAAAAUCUGACUAAAAGUUUUCUGCAUAGCAGCCAAAAUGGAUGUUUCUAAUCUAAAUCAGAAAGAAUACUUCUCACAGUACUGUAUUACCUGAAACUGAUGUUGGACUGUGCCUGCAAAAUGUAAACUAUAACUAUAAAUUGUAUUAAUUUCCAUCCUAUUUGAAAUUUUGAAUGCAUUUUCAAAGAAUUGCAAGUGCCUUGUACCUUAAUAUCAGUGUAUCACAAUGAGAUUUCCAGUCGUGCAAAACACAGUUUUCCCGUAUAUAUAUUAGUCUGUAUAUUAAUAUAAAGAAUAUUAACUAUGUUAAAUUUGAAAAGGGAAAAUCAUGAUAUUAACAUCUUUAAUCUGAAUCCUUUGUAACGACCAACAAGGGGUCACUGCUCUCAUUGCAAAUUAAGCUUGUAUAGAAGUCCCCCUAUAUGAUUCCCUUAGCAAAGACUUUACUGAUGACCUUAUGGUCUCAAUCAGUCUCACUGAAUACAAUUCAAAAGAGCAAUAAAGCAGUGUAUGCUUCAAGGUGAGAAGUCUUCACAACAUUUUGAAAUUCAUCAUCUUAAAGCUUUAAAAACUGGACUUUGCAAACCAAUGGGUGACAGCGCGAUGGCUGCAUCCAUCUUUUAUAUACAGUCUAUGUGUACAUUGACCUCUCUGUGCCACAGAAAACGACGACACAGUGAAGUUGGAGUUUUUCGCUGGACAAACUCUGUGAUGACUCCAUUUUUAAAUGACCACAAGCAUCCUUUUCUGCAUUGUACUCUUUUGUAUUUGGAAAUAAAUGUAAACUUUUCCUACA